AUCUUUGGACCCCAAAACUCGGUCUUUUUAUAAUUUUAUAUAAGCUACGCAUUGUUUGUCUCUUCGUCCUGUCCCCCGGGUCUCUCUCAUCCGCUGAAAAUCAACCCAAAACCAUUAUGGCUCUGGAACUGUGGGAGACACUGAAGGAGGCGAUCCCAGUCUACACGGGGCUCUCUCCGGCGACCUUCUUCACGGUUACCGCUCUUUUCUUCGCUGUAUACUACGUGAUAUCGGGUCUGUUUGGGUCUUCCGACCAUCAUCAGAGGUCUAGGGAGUACGAGCAGCCGUCAGAGCCUCCGCCGCCUCCGGUGCAGCUCGGAGAGAUCUCCGAGGAUGACCUCAAGCAGUACGAUGGAUCCGACCCCCAGAAGCCUUUGCUCAUGGCCAUCAAGGGCCAGAUCUACGAUGUGUCGCAGAGCAGGAUGUUUUAUGGACCAGGUGGACCUUAUGCAUUGUUUGCUGGAAAGGAUGCUAGCAGAGCUCUUGCAAAAAUGUCUUUUGAAGAGAAAGAUCUGACGGGGGAUAUAACCGGUCUUGGUCCUUUUGAAGUCGAGGCUUUGCAGGACUGGGAAUACAAGUUUAUGAGCAAGUAUGUUAAGGUUGGAACCGUCAAGUCUGUUCCAGUGACUGAUGGGGCACCGACCGGUGAACAUGCAGAAUCUACUGAUCGCGAUGUUGCUAAGCCUGCUGAAGAUGGUCCAUCAGAAAGUGCAGCUGUUAUCACUGAGGAAACUCCUGCUGCUGAGGCUGAUGCUGCAAAAGAGUAAUGGUUGGGUAAAUCAAUUGCCACUAUUGCAAACUUAGUAAACCAUUUCUGAUGGAGAAGCUGAAGAAGAGUAAUAUGUGGUGCUAGUAUUUCAUGAAACCUCGUUUGACUCAAGUUUAAGAUUGCAGUCUAGAAUACAUCUCUUAAGAACGGACUUGUUUGAAGUCCGGAUUGUCAAAUAAUGUAUGGAUGAUGCUUCCCUAGGGAUUCAGAGCUGCAACUUAUUCUAUCACCUUCAGUGAAUUUUCUUUGAUA